ACAUACCUAUAGACAUCUAGCGCUGCAUAGUGAGCCCUAUAUAUCUUUGGGCCCGCCGCGACACUCAGUUCAAUGUCUGCCUGCCCUUGAAGGGGCCGUCUAGCAAAAGAGCCCAGCAUGCAGCUACGAUAUUUCAAAUCUAUUCUGCCUCCGGCGGACCAGUACCAGAAGAUUACCUCGUUGACCUGGGCGCCCAACAACUCUCGCUUGGCUGCAGUGUCCACCGAUAAGGUUGUGUACUUGUUCGAUGAGAAUGGCGAGAAGCGCGACAAGUUUAAGACGAAGGCGGCAGAGGCCAACAACCCGAACACGUACAUUAUCCGGGCUAUGGCAUUCUCGCCGGACUCGACUAAGCUGGCGAUCGCGCAGAGCGACAACAUCGUUUUUAUCUACAGGCUGGUGGACCCCGACACCGGCGCGGAGAAGAAGUCCAUCUGCAACAAGUUCCCGCAGGCCUGCGCCGUGACCAGCCUGGUGUGGCCCAAGGACCGGCCCAACGAGGUUGUGUUCGGCCUGGCGGACGGCAAGGUGCGGCUGGGCAUGCUGAAGAACAACAAGUCCUACACCUGCUACGCGCACCCGGAGAACAGCUACGUGGUGGCGCUGGCCUCCAGCCUGAACGGCCAGAACGUCAUCUCCGGCCACAUGGACGGCGCCAUCUGGAAGUUCAACUUCCCAGCAGAGGAGGGCGGCACGCCCACCAGCUCGCAGCUGGUGGUGCACUCGUGCGUGCCGUACUCGCUGGGCUGGGGCAGCUGCAUCGCGGCGGCGGGUAACGACAACCGCGUGGUGUUCUACGACCUGAACGGCCGCGAGAUCCGCUCGUUCGACUACAGCAACAACGACGAGGUGCGCGAGUUCACCACCUGCGCCUUCAACCCCAGCGGCGACACCGUGGUGUUCGGCACCUACAACCGCUUCUACAUGUACACCUUCAACAUCCAGCGCAACGACUGGGAGGAGGCGGGGCACAAGCAGAUCGACAACUUCUACGCCGUGAGCGCCGCCUCGUGGAAGCCCGACGGCAGCAAGAUGACGGUGGGCUCCAUGACCGGCGCCGUGGACAUGUACGACGCCUGCGUGAAGCGCCACAUGUACAAGGGCAAGUUCGAGUUCACGUACGUGAGCAAGUCAGCCGUGAUUGUCAAGACGCUCAAGACCGGCAUGCGCAUCGUGCUCAAGUCGGUGUACGGCUACGAGAUUGAGAAGAUCAACAUCUACCACGACCGGUACCUGAUUGCGCGCACCACCUACACGCUGCUGAUGGGCGACCUGGACACCUGCAAGCUGUCGGAGAUCCCCUGGGACAGCGACGGCAGCGAGAAGUUCCACUUUGAGAACGAGCGCGUGUGCAUGGUGCACUACGCCGGCGAGCUGCACAUCGUGGAGUACGGCCGCAACGACGUGCUGGGCACGUGCCGCACCGAGCACAUGAACCCCUACCUCAUCUCGGCGGUGGUGCAGGAGGCGCGCGGCAUUGCGUCCGAGUCCAAAAAGCUGGCGUACCUGAUUGACCUGCAGACGGUGCGCAUCCAGGACCUGAUGGCGCCCGUGGGCUCCACGCUGGCCACCGUCAACCACGACACCAAGGUGGACUGGCUGGAGUUGAACCAGCGCGGCACGCACCUGCUGUUCCGCGAUAAGAAGCGCCACCUGCACCUGUUCAGCCUCAGCGGCCAGGAGCGCACCACGCUGCUCAACUACUGCCAGUACGUGCAGUGGGUGCCCGGCAGCGAUGUGAUUGUAGCGCAGAGCCGCAACAACCUGUGCGUGUGGUACUCGGUGAACAAGCCCGACAACGUCACCAUGUUCCCCAUCAAGGGCGAGGUGGUGGACAUUGAGCGCCACAACCACCGCACCGAGGUGAUUGUGGACGAGGGCAUCAACACCGUGUCGUACGCUCUGGACGAGGCGCUCAUCUACUUUGGCGCGGCGCUGGAGGACCAGGACUAUGAGCGUGCGGUGCAGACGCUGGAGCCGCUGGAGCUGACGCCGGAGACGGAGGCGCAGUGGAUGCAGCUGGCGGAGCAGGCGCUGGCCACCAACCAGCUGGUCAUUGCGGAGCGCUGCUACGCCGCGCUGGGCGACAUUGCCAAGAGCCGCUUCCUGCACAAGGUGGUGAAGAAGGCGCAGCAGGCGGCCAAGGAAUUUGGCGGCGACGGCACCGACGCCUGGUCGGUGCGCGCCAUGAUGGCGCAGCUCAACAAGCAGUGGCCCGUGUCCGAGUCGCUGCUGCUGGCGCAGGGCAAGGUGGACGACGCCAUCACGCUCUACCAGGACAACCACCGCUGGGAGGACGCCAUCCGCGUGGCCGACUCCACGCACCACGCCAACGCCGCCGCGCUCAAGCAGCAGUACCUCACGUGGCUGCUGGAGACGGGCCAGGAGGAGCAGGCGGGCGCGGUCAAGGAACGCGAGGGCGACUACCUGGCCGCCAUUGGCCUGUACCUCAAGGGCGGCCUGCCGGGCCGCGCCGCGCAGGUGGUCAUGUCGGUGCACAACGUGAACUGGGACCCGGCGCUGCUGGACUCAAUCCUGGCCAGCCUGGCCAAGGCCGGCCUGUACGAGCGCGCCGGCGAGCUGUACGAGCACAUGUCGCGCAGCAGCGAGGCCAUGCAGAGCUACCGCCGCGGCCACGCCUACCGCAAGGCCAUUGACCUGGCGCGGCGCGAGUUCCCCGCCGAGGUCAUCAUCAUUGAGGAGGAGUGGGGCGACUGGCUGGUCACCCAGAAGCAGAUGGACGCCGCCAUCAACCAUUUCAUCGAGAGCGGCGCCACGCUCAAGGCCAUCAAGGCCGCCAUCGACUGCCGCCAGUUCGCCAAGGCCGCCGGCAUUAUCGAAGUGCUGGACCCGCGCGAGGCCAUGCCCUACUUCCGCCGCAUCGCGCAGCACUACGAGACCACCGGCGCGCUGGAGGAGGCAGAGCGCUACUACAUCCGUGCCGACAUGGCGCGCGACGCCGUGGAGAUGUACAGCCGUGCCGGCAAGUGGGAGGCGGCGCAGCGCGUGGCUCGCGGCUACCUCACCGAGUCGGAGAUGCGCGCCUUUUACCGGGCCAAGGCCGCGGAGUUCGAGGCCGCGCACAAGCUCAAGGAGGCGGAGAAGGCGUACCUGGCGGCUGGCGGCGACGACGUGGACAAGGCCAUUGCGAUGUACAAGCGCAACAAGAUGUACGACCAGAUGAUCCGCCUGGUGACGCAGUACCGCAAGGAGAAGGUGCCGGAGGCGCACACGUUGAUUGCGCAGCAGCUGGAGGUGGAGGGCAACCUGCGCGAGGCGGAGAAGCACUUUGUGGAGGCCAAGGACUGGAAGUCGGCGGUGCAGAUGUACCGCCAGGUCAACCAGUGGGAGGACGCGCUGCGUGUGGCCAAGGUCUAUGGCGGCGUCAACGCCUCCAAGCAGGUCGCCUACGCCUGGGCGCUCACGCUGGGCGGCGACGACGGCGCGCAGCUGCUCAAGAAGAUGGGCCUGCUGGACCACGCCAUUGAGUACGCGGUGGAGAGCGGCGCUUUUGCGCAGGCCUUCGAGAUGACCCGCGCCGGCGCCAAGCACAAGCUGCCGGAGGUCCACCUCAAGUACGCCAUGUUCCUGGAGGACGAGGGCCGCUUCGCCGAAGCCGAGGCCGAGUUCAUCUCGGCCGGCAAGCCCAAGGAGGCGUGCGACAUGUACAUGCACAACCAGGACUGGGACGCCGCCAUGCGCAUCGCGGAGCGCUACGACCCCACCAUGGUGUCGGAGAUCCUGGUGUCGCAGGCGCGCGUGGCGGUGGAGCGCAAGCAGUGGCUGCCGGCAGAGGGCCUCUUCAUCAAGGCCAAGCGGCCCGAGGCGGCGCUCAAGAUGUACCGCGACGCGCGCAUGUGGAACGACGCGCUGCGCGUGGCGGAGCAGUACUUACCCACCAAAGUGGCCGAGGUGCAGAUGGAGCUGCUGUCGGGCCAGGGCGCCGGCGGCGGCUCAGGCGGCGCCUCCGCCGACGCGGUCAUCAACAAGGCGCGCGGCUUCGAGCGCAACAACGACUACGCCCGCGCCAUUGAGACCUACCUGUCGCUCACGGCGCAGGACACCAGCAACCAGGACCAGCUGGAGCACUGCUGGGGCCAGGCGGCGCAGCUGGCGAUCAACUACCAGCGCCACCGCAUGAAGGACGUGGUCAACACCGUGUCGGAGCGGCUGCAGGAGAUCGGGCGCCACCAGGCGGCGGGCGAGCUGCACGAGUCCAUCGACGACGCACAGGGCGCCAUCCGCGCCUACUGCGCCGGCCGGCUGUGGGACAAGGCCCGCACGCUGGCGGGCACCAACCCCACCUUUAGCCGCUACAUUGAGGACCAGUACAACAACUACCUGCUGCAGAACCAGCAGGCCGACGAGCUGGCCAGCCGCGGCGGCCAGCACGCGCAGCAGGCCAUCGAGAUGUACGUGGCACGCGAUGAGUGGGCCAAGGUGCACGAGCUGGCGGCGCAGCAGGGCCCCGAGGUGGCGUCCAACUACGCUCUCAAGCACGCCGAGCGCCGCUUCAAGCAGGGGGACUACGCGCAGGCGGCGCAGGUGUUUGCGCAGCACGGCAUCACCGCGCAGCCGCAGUACUUCGAGCUGUACAAGUCCAUCGCGCAGGGCGUGCUGCACGCCAGCCAGGGCGACCGCAACCCGGUGGCGGAGAAGAGCCUGCGCGACAUGAUGUACCGCCUGGUCAACGUGCUGCGCUCCGGCGGCGGCGCGGGCAAGUACAAGGUCGACACGGACGCGUUCCAGAACUACUACCUGGCCGCGCACUACCUCACCUGCGCCGCCGCCGCCAAGGAGCAGGGCCUCAAGGACAUUGCCGCCAUGAACCUGACCUCGGUGCUGCGCUACGUGGGCCCCACCAUCCCCGCCGACCGGGCCUUCUACGAGGCGGGCCUGGCCUGGUACGAGGCCGGCCGCAAGAACAUGGCGUUCGUGAUGCUGAACCGCUUCUUGGACCUCAGCGAUGCCAUGGAUGAGCCGGACAGUAGCGCGGCGGUGAUUGAGAACGCCGACUUCAGCGACACCGACAUCCCCUACGAUUUCACCAUCCCCGAGCGCGCCUACUGCACGGAGUCGCAGCGCGAAGACGUGCGCAACCUGGUUCUGGAGAUCAGCAUGGACCGCUCCAGCGACCAAUCGCUGGCGCUCAAGGCGUGUGAGCAUUGCGGCAAGCCCACCUACGAGGCCAACCUGACGUGCCACUUCUGCAAGAAGAAGUACGACCCGUGCGUUGUCACCGGCUACCCCAUCCAGUCCUACGACCGCGUGGUGUUCAAGAACAAUGGCCCCGAGCUGAACGCCAUCCGCGACAUGUGGAACAAGUGGGUGGAGGCGUUCGGCACCGACCCGGUCACCGGCAUGCAAGCGGCACCCAUGUACUAAGGGUGCGUGGAAUGGAGCUGGGCAGGAGGAGGACGGUGCUGCGAGGCAUGGGGCCAGGAGGUGCGGGGGUGCGGGAGCUGGUGGAGGUGUCGCAUGAUGAGACGGCUGCAACAGUGUGAUGUGCAGGGCGCGAGCUUGCCGGGCUAAGGAGUCGUGAAGGAAAGGAGGAAGUAGAAGGGUUGGGCGGAAGCGGGUUGGGUGCCGCGUGGAGUGCGCUCCACCCAAGCGUGUGCUGCGAAUAGCCACGUGCCAUAGGUAGCUGUGAUACCUACGGGCUAACAUCGAUUCUACAGGCGAAGUGUAUGAGAAGAUGGCAUGGAGACUGGAGAGUGGGUACAUAAAGCCGCGCUGAAAAGGCGCGCGGAAGGCAGGCACGAACAGUGUACGUACAUACGGUAGUGCGGCCGUGUUUCAAAUGCUGUAGAAGCACCGUAGAGCGGUACGUGCUCCUGCACCGAAGCAACAGUGAAGGCAGGGGUACAGCACAAUCAGUGGCAUGGAUGGUCGUGCAGACCACUUGCAGCAGGCAUGCAAGGGUUGACAGGAGGUGGCCGAGUGUCUGUGUGCCGUCAUCCUUGCCGCGUCUGGCAGGCAGCGGCUGCAUGUGGCAGGCACUCAGGCGCGGGUCAGAGGUCCAAGCCCACAGCUGUAACAAAGCAGAUCA